AUGUCCAAACGGUGCAGAGACUGGGACUCCGAUCUACCGCAAAAGCGGACCCGUACUCGGAACGAUAUUGGGCCUGUUGAUCGUCUGUCUCGUCUGAGCAAUGAGUUGCUGCUCCAUAUCCUUUCAUUUUUACCAGUAUCAUCCCUUAAUGUGUGUCAAAGGUUAUCACAUCGCUUCCAUGCUCUUGGUGGGGACUCCGAGAUAUGGAAAAGGCAAUACUACUCGCAAUGGGUGCGACCCCGGGCCCGCCGCCUCGCAAAUAUUAGACGCACAACCCUUCCAGCCAAGACGGAUUAUUCGCCCAAGGUCGCAACAUGGUUCGAUCAUGGGCACUUGGCACAGGAGGGCAAUUGGAAACGGCAGUAUCGGCUCCGGCAUAAUUGGUCUAAAGGGCUAUGUCGGGUUACUGAGGUAGAGUUUCCUCAGCCACCAUGCCCUCCUACGCUGGUCAGGUUUUGUGCUGGGAUUGUCUUCACGGCAGACUCAGCGCACGGGCUCCGGGCUUGGACUGCAAGAGAUUCAGCAUGUUGUCUUGCAAGAAUCCCUUUGUCAGUUCCAUCGAAAUCGCCAUCUACAAUCCCAACUGCCUUGGCAGUAAGCCAAGUCCAAGAUAAGAUCGAGAUCUCAGUCGGACUGGAAAAUGGUCACUUCAGCCUCUUCGUCUUGAAUCUUCAAACGUCCCAGCUAGACUUGCAGUCUUCUCAUGUCGGCUGCAGCGAUGCUGCUAUAACAGCAAUGGCCCUCUCGUCGCCGUAUUUAAUGGUAGUAUCCCAGCACAAAGAUUUGACCUUGUACAAUCUACGACCUGGCAGCCAUCUAACAGGGGCAACUGCCGAGGCCUCGCAGCCCCGCCAGGUUGCCUCCCUCAAGGCAGAUAACAUUGUUGCACCCAUGACACUGUCUCUUAGAAUCUCGUCUUUUGAAAUUGUCGCUACUAUUGUGUAUAGUUUCUUCCAUAUUGGCUGUGGGUGGUCUCUUGGGAUUCAAGAAUUGCGUCUAGGCAAGGAUGGGCAACAACUUGAUUCCCGACUGGCUACUACAGUGGAUUCCCAAUAUGGAUUGAGGCCACUUCAAUCCAGAAAGAGGCGACACUCUGCCGAAUCGGCCGACAAUCAACCUCGCAUGGACCCUGGGGCACCGUCUAUCAUACAUCAACAGCCGCCAACCUCCAUGUCCUAUUCACAUCCAUAUUUGCUGACCUCUCAUGCGGACAACACGUUGACUAUGUACCUUGUGGUAUCUACAUCGGAAUCUUUGUUCGUUCAAGGCGGCCGGCGACUUUGGGGCCAUACCUCUUCGGUAUCUGCAGUUCAAGUGACCAACCGCGGGAAAGCUGUCUCUGUAAGCUCUCGAGGGGAUGAGAUUCGAAUAUGGGAGUUAGAGAUGGCGAUAUCAUCCCUGGGCAGCCGCAAAUUCUUCGAGGAGAACGGUGUUCAGCUCAAUACUGGAAACAAGGAUGGGGAGCCCGAACCAGAGCCGGGACUAGGAACUGUUUAUCACAAUUUGGGCAAUGUAAAUGUGGAAUCCCAAGAACUGACCCUACCUAUCGGAUUUGACGAAGAACGGGUCCUUCUCCUUCGAGAAAAGACCGGAACACAGUUACUUGAGUGUUACGACUUCACCUAA